UAUUAACUCGUGUCAUAGAAUUUGUCAAAAAUUUGUCGAAUAACUUUCGGAGUCACACAAGCAGUUUUGGACGUUGUUGAGCACCCAUCAGGGUUUUUGUAGUCCAUAAUUUAAAUAGCCCCCUUUCUCCUCUUUUGCAUCUUCUCUUGCACAGUUGCACUCUCUCCUCCCAAAAGAGAGAGAAAGUAUCCAAACCCUUUUUUUUUUUAUUUCUUUUUAAAAUUCUCUCUAUUUAUCCAUCUCUUAUCUUUAGAUUCGUUGUUUAUCGAAUCGCCAUUAAAAUUCACCAUACUUACGUCUCAAUCGCGUUUUGAGAAAGCUAUCCGAGUUAUGCAGGCUGAACAAACCCUAAUUAGUCUAAGACCUGGUGGUGGAGCUAAUCGAGGCCAUCGAUUUGUCGGACCACGAUUUGAUUCUUCUUCUGCUUCUUCUACUACUUCUGAAAACUCUUUUCUUCGUCCUCAUGGCGGCGUAUCUUCGUCUUUCUCUCUUAAGUUUGGGGAUGCUCGGUUUGAGAACCGUGAGCGUGUUUACUACACUCGGGACCAGCUGUUGCACUUCAGAGAGGCGGCUGUGGUCCCAGAGGAUAUUCUAAAAGUGAAAUGGGACAUAAAUUCUGAAUUACUCCCUGAGGAGCAGAGUUGGAAUCGGGCUGAAACCAAUUCUUCAAGUCAGCCACAAGGUCGUUAUUCUGAGCCUGAUCAUCGGGAUUGGCGUAGCCGCUCUGCGCAGGUCUCUGCCCUUUCUGAGGAGAGAUCUUGGGAGUCUAUUAAAGACAGAGAGUUUGUCAAUAGGGGCCAGGAAUCUAGUCGCCAGGACCAACUGAGCUCACAAUUGUCAAGGGCACAAAUUUCUCUAAAUCAAGGGGGCCCUACUCCUUUUCUGAUUAAAGCUGAGGUGCCAUGGUCGGUGAGAAGAGGCAGUCUCUCUGAGAAUGAUCGUGUGCUGAAGACUGUGAAAGGUAUUCUCAAUAAGCUUACACCUGAGAAGUAUGAACUUCUCAAGGGUCAACUAAUUGACUCUGGUAUCACAUCAGCUGAGAUCCUAAAGGGUGUUAUCUCUUUGAUUUUUGACAAAGCUGUCCUUGAACCUACGUUCUGCCCUAUGUAUGCUCAGUUAUGUUCUGAUUUGAAUGAUAAACUUCCUCCAUUCCCAGCAGAAGAAGCUGGAGGUAAAGAAAUCACUUUCAAGCGUGUUCUUCUGAACAAUUCUCAAGAGGCAUUUGAAGGUGCUGAAAAACUUAGAGCUGAAUUAAGGCAGAUGACAAGCCUUGAUCAAGAAGCUGAACGCCGUGAUAAAGAAAGGAUGCUUAAGCUACGUACUCUUGGGAACAUGAAGCUCAUUGGUGAACUUUUAAAGCAGAAAAUGGUACCUGAAAAAAUAGUCCAUCAUAUUGUACAGGAGCUAUUAGGUCCUGACAGUAAAAGCUGCCCUGAAGAGGAGAAUGUUGAGGCCAUUUGUCAGUUCUUCAACACUAUUGGUAAGCAGCUUGAUGAGAACCCCAGAUCACGCAAUAUAAAUGAUGCUUAUAUGAGUCGGUUGAAGGAAUGGAGCUCAAACAGUCAACUUGCCCCUCGUGUGCGGUUCAUGGUUCGCAAUGUACUUGAUAUGCGGACCAACAAAUGGGUUCCUAGGCGUGAAGAGGUUAAAGCCAAAACCAUUAAUGAAAUUCACACCGAGGCAGAGAAAAUUCUAGGUCUGCGUCCUGGUGCAACAGCAAGCAUUAGGAAUUCUCGUGGUAUGCUUUCCACACAAGGGAACUUGAGUCCUGGAGGAUUUCCCGGUAAUUGUCCUGGCACUGGGGGUAUGAUGCCUGGGAUGCCUGGUUCGCGUAAGAUGCCUGGAAUGCCGGGAAUGGACAAUGACAAUUGGGAAUUUCCUAGAAGCAGGUCAAUGCCAAAGGGGGUUGAUGUGAAUGCUGCCUCUGCGGGAGAACGCUUUCAGUCAUCAUAUAUUGGCAUAGCAGCACAGCUCAACCCAAAGCUCUUACCUCAGGGAAGUGGUGGUAUCAUUAGCGGUAAGACUAGUGCACUUCUUCAAGAAAGUGGGCCACCCGCUCGUCAAUCAAGCUUCGGAUCAGGUAUGGGGCCCAUAGCGCAAAUUCCGAAGGCCAAGCCAAUUUCAACUCCUCAAUUGGCGGCCCCCAUUGAGAGAUCUGCCCCUGCUGCUACUACUACUAAUAUAAAGUCCAAGGAACUUAAGAGAAAGACAAUCUCUCUCCUCGAGGAAUACUUUAACGUCAGGAUGUUAGACGAAGCAUUGCAAUGUGUUGAGGAUCUGAAAUCACCUUCUAAUUACAGCGAAGUUGUGAGGGAAGCUAUUAAUCUGGGGUUGGAAAAAAACCCGCCGUGUUUAGAUCCAGUUGCAAAGCUCUUAGAGUACAUGUUCUCGAAAAAGGUUUUCACUGCCAGAGAUAUAAGCUCUGGUUGCUUGCUCUAUGGUGAAAUGAUUGAUGACAUUGCUAUUGACCUUCCCAAGGCUCCCAAUAACUUCGGUGAGAUAUUGGGCCAGCUGAUUUUGUGCGGGGGAUUGAAUUUCAAUGCGGUGAAGGAAGUCCUGCAAAAGGUUGAAGAUGAAAUUUUCAGGAAACUUAUAUUUGAUAACACAGUAAAGGUGGUCGGACCACAUGUUUUGGAAUCCCAGUCUGCGGAUGUCGAAGCCUGCAAGGCACUUCUCUGAAGCUCUGUUAGUCCUUUCUCCUUUACAGUGAGUACUUGAAAUUCAACAUAGUCAGUAUCCCAAUGAUCAUCGGACUUUUACCUUAUGCUUUGUGUUUCCACACUUCCGCUGUCGAAGGCAGCACUCUUGUACUAGUAUAAACUAAAUUGGAGCUGUGAGGAUCAGGUUGAGCUUUUUUGUAAUCGAUUUUGUAUAUUUUGUCCAAAGGACCAACGUCAUACUUGUAGGAUUUCUCUUUUCUUGAUUUUUUAAUGUUAAUUUUGGGCAUUA